AUGGGAGACUCUCAACCACAAGAUUCCAAAAAAAGGGCAGUGUAUGAAGCAUGGACGCAGGAACAAAGUGAUGCCUUGUUACGAAUUCUGGCUGAAUCUGCAAUUAGGGGAUGGCGCGAUAAUAGUGGUAUAUUUAGCAAAGCAACAGUAGAGGAAAGGAUAUUGCAUGUUCUCAAUGAAAAACUUAGGUCCAAUAAAAAUUAUAAUCACUACCAAAGUCGUAUCAAAUGGUUUAAGAGCCGUUGGAAUGCGUAUUCAACACUGUUGAAGUUUAACUCUGGUUUUGGUUAUGACAACGACACCAAAAAAUUCACGGCCCCAGAUGAAGUAUGGGAUGCGUAUAUAGAGGCUCACCCAAAAGAUGCAUACUUACGCACUGGGAGUUUUUCGGAUUAUGAUGAAUUGAGGCUUGCUGUUGGAAACGGUGUAGCUGUAGGAAGAAACGCAAUUGGAGUGGGCAGUGCUACUGAUGCUAGGACAAUAGGAGUUGAUGAAAGUAGAGGUCCGCUCAUAGAGGAGUUUAUCACAGUCAGUCAAUCGAUUCCACGCUUGAUUAACAUUCCAUCCCCGAGUUUUAUCAGAUAA